AUGCCGCCGGCAGCGAUCCGCAGAAAACUCGUCAUCGUAGGCGACGGUGCCUGCGGAAAGACGAGUCUGCUUUGCGUGUUUGCGAUUGGCGAAUUCCCUCAAGAAUACGAACCAACCAUCUUUGAAAACUACGUCGCCGAAAUCCGACUCGAUGGCAAACCCGUUCAGCUGGCGUUGUGGGACACGGCAGGUCAAGAGGAGUACGAGCGACUGCGACCGCUCUCGUAUUCGCAAGCGCAUGUCAUCUUGAUUGCAUUUGCCAUCGACACACCCGACUCACUGGAAAACGUGCAGGUCAAGUGGAUGGAGGAGGUGCGUCAAAUAUGCGGACCCUCGGUACCGGUGCUGUUGGUAGGAUGCAAGAAGGAUCUGCGCGAGGAUGCCAUCGCAAAAGGGAAGCCGGUGCAGGGACACUUUGUCGAGAGGCAGCAGGCCAAGCAGGUAGCAGCACAGAUCGGUGCGCGGUCGUACCACGAAUGCUCGUCGCUCAACAACCAGGGUGUCGACGCCGUCUUUGAAGCGGCUACGCGCGCUGCGAUGCUGGUGCGCAAUACAGGCGCUUCGUCAGGAGGCGCCAUCUCGCAGAGCAAGACCAAAGAGGCAUUACACAACGACGCUGGUUCGUGCAAGUGUGUCAUCCUCUAG